CCCUCGCCGGUCCCGCGCCGCCGCCGCCUUCGCCCGCGUCCCCGCCGCCCUCCGCGGCCGCCGCAGCGCAGCCCCCAGCAUGUCUCGGAGGAAGAUCUCGUCCGAGUCCUUCAGCUCCCUGGGCUCUGACUACCUGGAGACCAGCCCGGAGGAGGAAGGGGAGUGCCCGCUGUCCAGGCUGUGCUGGAACGGCAGCCGCAGCCCUCCCGGGCAGCCCGAGCCCAGCGCGGCGGCGGCUGCCGCCGUCGCCCCGGCCCCCGCUGCUUCCGCCGCCGCCGCCGCCUCGGCUACGGCGGGGGCCAGGAGGGCGCAGCGCCGCCGGCGGGUCAACCUGGACUCGCUGGGCGAGAGCAUCAGCCGCCUGACGGCGCCCUCGCCUCAGACGAUACAGCAAACUCUCAAGAGGACAUUGCAGUAUUAUGAGCAUCAAGUUAUUGGUUAUAGGGAUGCAGAAAAGAAUUUCCACAAUAUCUCUAACAGAUGCUCCUACGCAGACCAUUCCAACAAAGAGGAAAUUGAUGUCUCAGGAAUUCUUCAUUGUACUGCUAAUAUACUCGGUUUGAAGUUUGAGGAAAUCCAAGAAAGAUUUGGAGAGGAAUUCUUUAAGAUAUGCUUCGAUGAGAAUGAGAGAGUUCUUCGAGCUGUAGGUGGCACAUUGCAGGACUUUUUUAAUGGCUUUGAUGCUUUGUUGGAACACAUUAGAACUUCUUUUGGAAAACAGGCCACUCUGGAGUCAUCAUCUUUCCUAUGCAAAGAGCUCCCUGAAGGUUCUCUUAUGCUCCACUACUUCCAUCCUCACCAUGUUGUGGGGUUUGCAAUGCUGGGGAUGAUUAAGGCUGCAGGAAAGAAGAUCUAUCGCCUGGAUGUGGAAGUGGAAGAGGUUGCAAAUGAGAAGCUGUGCUCUGAUGCCUCAAACCCGGGCAACUGUAGCUGUCUUACUUUCCUUAUCAAAGAAUGUGAAAACACCAACAUCACGAAGAACCUUCCACGGGGAACCUCUCAAGUUCCGGCGGACCUCAGAAUUAGCAUCAACACCUUCUGCAGAGCCUUCCCUUUUCACUUGAUGUUUGACCCCAACAUGUCAGUCCUUCAGCUGGGAGAAGGUCUAAGAAAGCAGCUCCGAUGUGACACUCACAAAGUGCUCAAGUUUGAGGACUGCUUUGAGAUUGUUUCUCCAAAGGUCGAUGCCACCUUUGAGAGGGUCCUUCUGCGACUGUCCACCCCAUUUGUGAUUAGGACGAAGCCUGAGGCUUCUGGUACUGAAAAUAAAGACAAGGUUAUGGAAAUCAAAGGACAAAUGAUCCAUGUCCCAGAAUCAAAUUCCAUCUUGUUUUUGGGCUCCCCAUGUGUGGACAAGUUGGAUGAACUCAUGGGUCGAGGGCUGCAUCUCUCAGACAUCCCUAUCCAUGAUGCCACCCGAGAUGUCAUUCUGGUUGGUGAGCAGGCAAAGGCCCAAGAUGGCUUGAAGAAGAGGAUGGAUAAAUUAAAGGCUACUCUAGAAAGAACUCAUCAGGCCCUGGAAGAAGAGAAAAAGAAGACAGUGGAUCUUCUGUAUUCUAUUUUCCCUGGUGAUGUAGCCCAGCAAUUGUGGCAAGGACAGCAAGUACAAGCCAGAAAGUUUGAUGAUGUCACCAUGCUCUUUUCAGACAUUGUUGGCUUCACAGCUAUUUGUGCCCAGUGUACUCCCAUGCAAGUAAUCAGCAUGCUGAAUGAACUGUACACCAGAUUUGACCACCAGUGUGGAUUUCUGGAUAUUUAUAAGGUGGAAACAAUAGGUGAUGCAUACUGUGUUGCAGCAGGACUGCACAGGAAAAGCCUCUGCCAUGCCAAACCCAUUGCUCUGAUGGCCUUGAAGAUGAUGGAACUUUCAGAAGAGGUAUUGACACCUGAUGGAAGACCAAUUCAGAUGAGGAUAGGCAUUCACUCGGGCUCUGUGCUGGCUGGUGUUGUCGGGGUGAGGAUGCCUCGAUACUGCCUCUUUGGAAAUAAUGUCACUCUGGCAAGCAAGUUCGAAUCAGGAAGCCACCCUAGGCGCAUCAAUGUCAGCCCGACCACCUACCAAUUAUUAAAACGAGAAGAAAGUUUCACAUUCAUUCCUCGGUCCCGUGAAGAACUUCCAGACAACUUUCCAAAGGAAAUCCCUGGGAUCUGCUAUUUCCUGGAGGUAAGGACUGGUCCAAAGCAGCCAAAGCCUUCUCUUUCUUCAUCAAGAAUAAGAAAGGUUUCCUACAACAUCGGCACCAUGUUCCUCCGAGAGACAAGCCUCUGAGACCUGCAGAUCAAAGACUCCCCCAAAAAGCACAAGCCCAGAUCAUGGGUCACUACAGAAGGGUGGAAAGAGAUGUUUCUCUUUCAGUGGUUUCUUAAGAACAAGCAGUGGAAUUUCUCUUAUGUCAGGCAAUAAUCCUAGAAAAAUUUGGGUGACUGUUGUCCAUAAAAAGGCUGAAGGGAGGGGGAUAUAAGAUGUGUCUAUCCAUAUAAGUGUUUUGGGAAUAUAUAUAUAUAUAUAUAUAUAUAUAUAUAUAUAUAUAUAUUCCCCUUUCAAAAAAAACCCCAAUAGACUCCUUAUUGUCUUGUUUUUCACCCACACAGUUAUCUUUCCCUAUAUAUUUGUAUCACUUUGAGAGCCAGUUUUGAGUAUAUAUUCCUACAUUUAGUGAAUUGGUAGGUGAGGAAUAUUUUCUAAUUUUCUUUUUCUGAGCGGACAUUUCAUACAUAUAUCAUGGCAGUGUGAUAAAUGUCCCAGCAGAAGAAAUUGUAACUCAGCAAAAUAUUUUAGGGUUAUGACCUAUUUUUAUACAUAUCUCUUCUUCUAAAUAAUUACAUUUCACACAUUAUUAGAUUUUCAGAAUCUGCUACUGCAUUGUUGGUACAUUAUGUAAUGCUAACCUACUAAUCUAAUAUAGUUUCACUUGUUUAGAGAGAUUACUGCUUGGACUGGGAAUACAUAUAACCAAGGAUUUCAGAUGCUGAGAAAGUAUAUGUCUGUAUAGUAAAUAUAUCUUUUAUAUUUAAUUAAUGUAGCAUGGAGUCCAGAGGUAAUGGAAUUUCCUAAUAGCAGAUACAUCUGUAACUAAGAUUAAUGGAAGGUCUUUUUGCCAUCAUCUAACACAUAUCAUUCAAAAAAUGCUUUGUUAUCUUGGAUCCUUUCAAUUUAGGAUUUAUAAAUAUAGGUAGCUGAACAUUAAACUGCAUCCUAAUGAGCAGCAUCCUUCUAAGUGCCAUGUUGGUAAGUCCCCUUCCCUUCCCUAGUUGAGCCCUCCUAAGAGCUGACUGCUGCAAAUUCCGACACUGGCAUUCCUGACACGAAAAGUAUCCCAACAUUUUGCCAAGAAUAUUGUUUCUUACUGCAUAAUGCAAAGCAAGAAAUAGCUUGUAUUUUAGGGCAUUGAGUUUUUCUUUUAAAUGUUCUUCUCUAGUUUGAUUGAUGUGGAUUUUAAAUUCAGAGAAUCACCUUUAUGAACACCAGAGAAGGUCUAAUCUACAGAACUAGUUAUCACUGUAGUUACAGAUAGGUUUCCACUGCAUGUUCUGCUAUCAUAAAGACUUACUCCCAUUAAUCAAUACUGCAUGAGAAAUAUUGUUACAGGUUCACAGUAAACUUAUAAGCACAGUGUGUCCAGAGUUUUCCUAUUUUGGAUUAGAUAUAAACCUAAAUUUCUAUUGAAGUCAAUGAGCUGGAAGCAUUGUUACCUUAAAAUCUUUGAAGUAGGCACUUUCUACUCCACUAGACAUACUCAUUGGUAGCUUAUGUCUACUAAAUAGAAUAUAUUUCCUUUUUGUUCAGGGAUUUUGGGUGCGUUGUGAUUUGGUCAUGAUAUAACUCAACUAAGGUGUAUUUUAAGUAAUUUCCAAUGUAGUCUGUGAGGCAUAAUUAAUGUUUUUGAGUUCUCUAAGUUUAUGGCUAGAAAAUAUUUAUAGAUAUUCAAAGUAUUUGUUGUAAUUGUAAUCUUUUUUAUAAUUUGAGCUCUUUUCUCACCCUGGGGUUUAUGAGAACAUUAUUACAGCACUCUUUGUAUAGAGAAUACAAGAUACAGACACUGAGCUUUCUAACCUUUCCUGUCCCACUCUUUGUUGGCCAGGUUUCUGCUUUUAACUCCAUGGAGAAUGAAGGCCAGGUUUUGUACAGAAGGGUGUGUAGGCUGAAGGCAAGGUAUUUUCAUGAGGACAGUUAACCUCCCAAAAUCUCUGUAGGGAACUUGUCCUUUCUGGGGACAGUGAGGGGUAUACAGCCAGUAUGGUUACGGGCUGGAAGCACCUCAGUCCUCAUCGGAGUAUUAGAAAAUAUCCUGAGAAGUCUUGAGGGACUCUGACAACACAGUAGCAUGGAGACAGACUCAACAUCACGGCAGCCAUUUAUGCAUAUUCUGUGCAGUAAUUUAAAACUUAUUUUUAUAUAGUUAAUCAAUACACAUUUGGUGAUAAUGUGUUUUGUAACCAUAUGGCUAAAAGGGACUUUCAGGAAUUGCCCUAUUUCUCUGCUUUUUGUAAAGAUUUACCUAAGCAACUAUUCUAAACAUAUAAUUGUCCUCUCUGUACUUAAAAAUAUCUAUGGGAAUUAUCUAUAUUGUAAAAGAAACGUUGGAAAUUCACUCCAUCAUUUGUUAAUUGUUAAUAGGGGUCCAGAGGAGAAUUUAUGUGUAUACUCUCAACUUGUUAGAAGAAUCACAAACUCUGUAAUGGUUUAUAUGAUUUCAUAGAGAGAAGAAGUAGCCAUUUACACUGCAGAUGUCACAUGCCAGAGAUCUAUUAUCUAUCACAAACAAGAUGAAACUACAUUUUUCAUAUAAUAUAUAUACAAUAUAUAUAAUCCAUAUAUUUUUGAAGUUAGUCUGAGGCAAUGGUCUUCACUUUUAUCAUUUUGCCAACCUAUUAAAGUUGACUAUUAUAGUUGUGCUGUUACUACAUGUGUUUACAAAAUACUGUAUAAAAUGUCCAUUCAUUCUAUUCACAGUCAGAAAUUAGAUGCUGUGAAUAAAAGCAUAUUUUCAUUUGUCCUAUA